UGACAUAUGACAUAAACCACGACAUAACCUUGAUUUUUUUCCAAUUUUUUAUGGUUGAUUGGAUUCUUGUACUACGGUUUUUAAAACGUUUAAUAAAAGAAGUAAGAAUAAUUUAGUAUAAGUUUGCGUAGCUACUGGAAACACAACAGCAGAUAAACGGUUUUUAUAUGCAAAUAAAUAUGUCCUUAAAAGUGGUAUUGAAUUCAAAAAUGUAUCCUGGUUACACAUUUAGUAUGCUUAGACGGUUUUAUAGUUCAAAGGGGCCCUCUGAAAUACCAAAAAACAAAUUAGAAGGAAUCAUUUCGGCUGAUCAUCAAAGUGAUAAUGGAAUUGUAUACGACAAGAAACCCUUUAGGAUAACUUUAGAAGCAGGAAGACGUUAUUCAUGGUGUUUAUGUGGAAGAAGCCACAGGCAACCAUUCUGUGAUGGUACACAUAAAAACGAACAAUUAAAAAUUAAACAGAAACCAAUUAGAUUUGUAGUAGAAGAAACCAAAGAAUAUUGGCUGUGUAAUUGUAAGCAAACAAGUUCUAGACCCUUUUGUGAUGGAACGCAUAAGACUCCUGUGGUACAGGAAGGUAGCUCAACUAUUCGCUAACAAUAAAUAUUCUAAAAAGUUAAAAUACUGUAAUUGAAAUACACCUAACUUUAAAGUUCAAAAUUGUGUAGUGUUUGUAAGCUAUAAACCUUAAUAAAAUAUAUCUUGAGAA